AUGGAAGAAAGAGGGUACCAAGACUUACUUCCGGUGAUGGCGGAGAAGCUAGACAUAGCCACCUUCAUGGAGGAGCUAUGUGGCGGUUUUCGGUUGCUGGCGGACGAGAAGAUAGGGCUGAUAUCACCGGAAAGUUUGAGAAAGAAUUCAAGGUUUCUGGGAAUGGAAGGUAUGAGCAAGGAAGAUGCAGAAGGUAUGGUGAUGGAAGGAGAUCUUGAUGGAGAUGGGUUCUUGAAUGAAACUGAGUUUUGCAUACUGAUGGUCAGACUUAGCCCAGAAAUGAUGGAAGAUGCAGAGAUGUGGCUUGAGAAGGCCAUUGAAGAUGAGAUCAAGAAAGCCCCUGGACGUCCAUCAUCAGAUAAUGAAAAUUUAUGUUGA